AUGGCGUAUCUACACCAGAAUCGUGUUAUUCACCGGGAUCUCAAACUCGAAAACAUACUGAUUUGUAAAGAUGGUUAUUUGAAGGUGGCAGAUUUCGAAAUGGCGCGAGAAUGUAAGUCACCUCUUCGGCAAUAUACACCGGGCAUGUGUACACUGUGGUACCGGGCGCCAGAACUACUCCUUUUGAGCACAGAAUACUCCACUUCUGUCGACAUGUGGAGUAUAGGCUGUAUUUUCGCAGAAUUCAUCAACUUGUGGCUACUGUUCCAGGGCAAAUCGGAGUGUGAUCAAUUAAAGAAAAUAUUUAAGGUACGCCGUCAGACACCGUUUGGCGUGGUUACAGUACCUUGCCACUUGUUAAAGACAUUAACAUUCGAUGAGUAUCCACCGAGCGGGUUGUGCAAGGAGCACGAGAUACUUUCUGAUAGCGGAUUAGCUUUACUGCAAAGUUUGUUAACGUAUGACCCAAACAGACGAAUAACAGCGAAGGAAGCUUUACAGCACAAAUAUUUUGAAGACGAACGGGUGGGGCAAGGUCCGGCUGAGUUUCUGAAAUCUCUGGACUUGGAGGAUGACCAUGAGGACACAGGCUCUGACACAGGAGACGACGAGCAUUCUGGCUCUGCCACAUAG